AGUUUUGCGUGAAUAAAUGUACCGUAUUUAAAGUCUUUUUACAGCACCAUGUGGUCUUCUAUAGCAGUCUAAUCAGGAGAAAAAUUACUCAUUAUGUUUCAUGGCGAAAUAUCAAUUUGGAUAAUAUACCAUUGAAGGAAACAAGAAUACAACUUCUGGUAUUUAAAACCAAACCAAGGCAUCAUUAGCAGAAGAAAGGGACAAGAGAAACAACCAGUAUGUCGCAAAAUCAAACCGGUCCAGGUGCUUUUUUUGAAAAGUAUAAAAAGUUCUUGGAAAACCUUGCGUCGACAAAAUAUGAGGUGGACGCAAUCUACAAAUAUCGUGACUUUUAUGGAGAGUGGGGAAUGGCAUGCGUUCGCUAUAUUAACCCAUAUCUAUGGACUAUUCCUCUCAUUGCAGCAAUUUUACUUGUGGUCACUUUAAAAAAACAACAGCUUUUUGGGCAGAUGCAGAAAUGUUUAAUCUUAAUAAUGGCAAUUGAUGUAUUUUUCGCUACGGCUACAGGUCUAAAGGAUGCAGUUUUUAAUUUAAUGAUUUGGAACUAUGGUUUUGUCGAAUUUAAACUCUGUAGGUUCAUGUUGGUGUUCAUUCGAUUUCAAACAGCUGUUCACUCCACCUCGCUUUGGAUCAAAUCUCUUCUGCUUCUACAUGGGGUUUCCAUGUUUCUAUUUCCCUUUAAAUUCAGACACGUAAAUUUCAAAUUAUUUUUGAUUCCUUUUUUUUCUUUACAUAUAAUUGUAGUAGUUUCUUAUUGUGCCUUGGUAUAUACAUUCCCUAUACGAAGUCUCCCUACAAUACAAGAAUACACAUCUGGAAUGAAACUUAAAAAAAUCGAUGCAUGCGUCUGGGAUCAAAGAAUAGUCACUCUUGAUGCAUCGUUUUACAUAUUUGUACAAUAUUUUUCUUUCUUUGCUCAAACUGUAUACCUAACUCUACUGCCAAUUUGCAUUCAUUUUACUUGUACAGUUUUACUUAUAUUUUUAGUAAGAAAGGAAAUUAAAAGGAUGUCUAAUUUAGCCCCUACCAGUAGCUUAAAAUCGUUAAGAAAUGUAAAAUAUUUGAUUUUAAUGAAGAUCCACAUAUAUUUGGGUAUUUCCUUUUUCCUACAGGAGACUCCAAUUUUAGUUUCAACUGUUUUUGGUAGUUUUAUCCAAAGCUUAACCGAAAUAAAAAACGCGAGUUCUGUAGUAUUAAUUUAUAUGUUUCAAACGUUUGCAAUAGGCAAACCGAUCGAUUUAUUGAUUUAUGCAAGCCUCAGUCAAAAAGUUAAAACUGAACUUCUGAAUAUAAUUUGCUGUAGAAACAAAAAAAAUAAAAUAUAA